AUGGCGACAGUUCAAGAGGCUGAGACACCUGGAGAUGAUAGAGGGUAUGAUUCUCUUGCUCGUCUGAUGAGCGAUCAUCCCGAUAAUACCAUUUUCAGGCAAUUCAGAGCGUUGUGUUCGAAAAUGCUCAUGUACCGCCAGGCUGACCUCCUUUACGACGAAGAAGACCUCGAGUUUUUAUCGGAAGAGAAUGAGAAGAAGCAAGAAAAAAAAUCCUUUAAUCACUGUUGGAAUGACAUAUCUGUCAAGGCAGAGGCAGCAACGUUCCGGGAGAAGAUAGAUGAUGUACAGAGGAAGCUCAAAUCAUACUAUGAGCUGUUGGCAUUGACAGCCACUAUUGAGAACUUGCCCAGGCCGAACAAUUUGAGCCUUGCGUUUCUGCAAGAAUGGGUGAAGAGUCAGGAUCGUGGAGAGGGGUUCCUACUCGAUACCGAAAGACAAAUCUGGGAAUCCGCGCCCGCUGAUGAUUUCGUCGUUCUCUCACCUAAGGCCACAAACGACAGACUUGCCGUGGCUCUAAACGCCUUCAUCCAGCCACUGUAUCAUGCGCAUAUUGGUGCCAGGAGGUUACCAACAGCCAAGAGACACGGGAGAGUUUGGAGUUACGACUUUCAGCAAUUCGUCCUUCUUGGUAAUAUCUUGUGCAUUCUGCUUGCAACUGGAAUUCCGGCGGGUUCGAUCGUCAUAUUGUAUCUUGUGUGCAGUAUGUGGCUCCGUCUACUCAUCAUUGCCAUCUUUUGUUUGCUUUUCGCCUUCGUUUUGACUUUCAUCGGAGGAGCUCGACGCGUCGACGUGUUUUCGGCCACCGCCGCCUUCGCCGCAGUGCAGGCGGUUUUUGUUGGCGGCACUACAUUGGUGCAGGUGAGGGAGUGA